AUGGCGUCGUGGCUGCCAGAAACUCUGUUCGAAAUCGUAGGACAAGGCCAAGCUCCCAGCAAAGACUAUUACCAGUUACAGGUCACCAGGACCCAGGUCUCCUUACGAUGGUGGAAGAUCUCUCUAAGAAGUGAAUACCGCUCAACAAAACCUGGAGAGAUCCAAGAGAGUCACGAAGACUUCUUGGAGAAUUCACACCUUCAAGUUCAGAUCGCCUUAGUAUUUGGGUCACGAAUAUUAGAGUAUGUCAUCAAUUUGUGCAGUGGUCAUUUCGACUUCCUGGAGCGACUCCCAGACGACUUGCUCCUGACCAUCAUUUCUUACCUGGAUCUUGAGGAUAUUGCCAGGCUUUCCCAAACAUCGCGCAGAUUCUCAAAGCUGUGCGAGUCGGACAGGCUGUGGGAGCAGAUCGUCCAGGCUUCGUGCGACACCAUCACGCCCCACAUGCAGGCGCUGGCCGAGGACAUCGGCUGGAAGGAGCUGUUCUUCACCAGCAAGCUGCAGCUGCAGCACCAGCUCCGCAGGAGGAAACAGAGGCAGGAGGAGCAGGACGCCUCGGACACCGAGUUGUAG